CUAGGUCGCUGCUGAAACUAAAGCAAUCAUCAGUUGGAUGGAGAGGACGCCGUUUGUUUUGGGCGCUAAUCUACAGGGCGGAGAGAAGAUGGUCACGUACCCCUUCGACAUGCAGCGUCCACCGCGGGCCACAGACGGCAGGGCAGGUCAGUUGGUGCAUGAGUACCAGCACAUGAACGAAGAAACCUGGGCCAGGAUUCAGCGACAGAACGAGGGCGCUCUCCGCGAAACGGCGGACGAAAACCUGUUCCGCUGGCUUGCCAUGACGUACGCACACAGUCACCUGACCAUGACGGAAAACCACCGCGGCUCCUGUCACACCGAUGACGUCACGGGAGGCCAGGGCAUCAUCAACCGGGCCAGCUGGAAGCCAGUCGUGGGCAGCAUGAAUGACUUCAGCUACCUGCACACCAACUGCUUUGAGAUUUCCAUCUUUCUUGGGUGUGAUAAGUUUCCGCAUGAGAGCGAAUUGGCAUCGGAGUGGGAAAACAACCGAGAGGCUCUGCUGGCUUUCAUUGAGCAGGUGCAUCGAGGCAUUAAAGGAGUUGUGAGAGACGUCGAUGGCAAUCUUCUAGCAAAUGCCACAGUGUCAGUGGAGGGAAUCAAGCAUGACGUCAAAACAGCUGCCGCUGGUGAUUUCUGGCGGCUUCUCAACCCGGGCGAGUAUCGUGUUACUGCAAGAGCCGAUGGUUAUUCUUCUCAGACUCGUCUUUGCAUUGUGGGAUAUGAUGCCAAUGCGUCGCCUUGCAGCUUCACUCUGACCAAAUCCAACUGGGCUCGAAUUCAACAAAUCAUGGCCCAGAGCAGGAAGAGGCCAAGACUGGUUACCAACACCCCUGUGAACACCAACAACCGCGUCAACGUGGAGAGCACAGGGGCCGCCGCGGGCCCCCAGAACGAACGUCUGCGCCGUCUGCGACUGAUGCGGAUGCGGAAGCUGCGAAUGGAGAGGAUGAAAGGCAGCACGACCACAGAGACGACCACAACAACGACUCCAACAACCACACUUCCACCCACCACAUCAGCAACCUCAACUACAGACCCCUGGUUUUACCUGUGGUUUGACCAGGACAGCGCAACCACUCAGGAUUAUAACGUUGAGUACAGAAUAGGUGAAGAUUAGAGACGGAUUGUAUGGAAAUGUGUGGAAUAUUAAGCUUAAAGCAUUCAGGCUCUUACAUUACAGAUCACGCUCUCUGUGGUACAGAGUAUAAAAGACAGAAAUAUCAUUCUUAUUUAAUUCAAGGGGUCUUAUGUGAAUAGUCACGAGAAUGAGGUAUUACUAUUGAAUGAUGGCAAAAAAUUUGUUAUUUCUGAGCUGUCCUCAAAUUACAUGCUUGUUUGUGUACACGAAUAUUAUAACGUGCACAUGUUUUCUAAUAAAAAGUCUCAAUAUCAUUGUGUAU